AUGCUGCGAACCACUGUUUGGUUGAUAUCAUUUCUUGCUAUGGCAAACGCAGGUGAAACCAUCCACUUGAUCACAAAAGCCCCUGCAAACUGUCAACUAGCAUGUGCCCAACUCUCCACAUUCUUCGGAUCCGCAGUCCACUACCCUGACAGUGAUGAUUUCACCAUAUGGGAUGCGAAGCAGCAGGAGGUUCGCCCAUCCUGUCGCAUCGAGCCCAGCAGUGCCUCUGAUGUGGCUAAAGCAUUGAGUGUUCUCGUUGACCACUGGUGCUAUUUUUCGGUGAAGGGUGGUGGUCACUCCAGGACUGCGGGAGACUCUAAUUCCAUUGGCGGAGUUACUGUGGACCUAGACCUCUUGAGCCAAGUUGAUGUCUUAGACAAUGGGAACAAGGCACGUGUUGGUGGUGGCGCAACUAGCGUUCAAGUGUACCAUGCCCUGGAAUCUCGGAACCUGUCUUUUGUCGGUGGGAGAGUAGGCAGCGUGGGUAUGGGUGGAUUUACACUCGGUGGAGGAACAUCCCCAUUCUCAAACAAGUACGGAUGGGCUUUAGAUAAUGUUUUCGAAUAUGAGGUUGUCCUCGCCAAUGCCUUCACAAUCCGCACAUUUGCCCAAGGCCCUGUCUUCACCGGGCAGACGUCCUACUCCGCGAAUUAUACUGAGCAAGUUCUUGACAAGGUCUACGACUUAUUUACAGAUAAAGAUCUCACCAGUGACGUGGAAAUGGGUUAUGAUCUAUACUAUAGCUACCGCUCGGCGAGUGAUGACUUUACUUUGAUGGGCACCCAGCGCUACGGGAAGGCAAUUCAGAAUCCCCCGGUCUUCCGCGAAAUUGACCAAAUCCCCACAUUGAGCAGGGCUACAACCAUAGGAUUCAUGAGCAGUGUGUCGAAUGGUUCUAUCCCAAUGGGUACAACUCGAAACUUAUUUGCUACCCUGACCGUGUCUCCAUCUCGCUCCUUACUCUCCCGGGCUCUCCAGAUCUUCCAGCAGGAGGUUGAGUCUAUCAAGUCUGUGCCCGGCUUAAAUACCAACUUGAUCUGUUAUCCGAUACAAAGGAAUGUCAUCGCAGCCAUGAAGAACAGAGGCGGCAAUGCUUUAGGUAUUGAUCUCGAGCGUGAUGAGCCUCUUUUUAUUAUUUUGGUCUCCACAGCCUGGUCGAAUGCAAGUGAUGAUGUGACCGUUAACAGGAUGACCGCAAAUGCCGUUGACAGGAUUACGUUGACAGCCGAUAAGCUGGGCGUUGCAAAUCGGUAUACGUAUAUGAACUACGCAUCAGCCGAGCAGGCCAGCCAGGUGUUUUCUGGUUAUGGUGAAUAUAAUUUGCAAAGACUCAAGGAUAUCCAGAAGGCGGUAGAUCCUCGUGGAAUCUUCACCUCCAAGGGCCUAUGGAGGGGAUUUGUGAAACUGCUUUAG